GCGUACACACACACAAACACACACUAGCACACACACGCACGCACGUACGCACGCCGCUUUCUCGCGUCAACAAAAACACGAUGCUUAUUACCUAAGUAAAGUUUUAUUCAAGUUACAAAUUGAGAAACCCCUUACAUAUCAAGUUUCAAAAUUUUCUUCUCGUGUUAAUCGACGUCCACGGUGCAUCAGAUUGAUUGACUUGCAACCAUGGGAGUCCCAGCAUUUUUCCGUUGGUUGACGAGGAAAUAUCCAUCCGUUGUUGUGCCCUGUGUGGAAGAAAAAGGAAAAGAUUUUGACGGCAAUGUUAAAACAGUUGACGCAUCACAGCCAAAUCCUAAUGGAGUUGAGUUUGAUAAUCUGUACCUAGACAUGAAUGGAAUAAUCCACCCUUGUACUCAUCCUGAAGAUAGACCUGCUCCGAAAAAUGAGGAUGAAAUGAUGGUGGCUAUUUUUGAAUGUAUUGAUCGUUUAUUCAGGAUUGUCCGUCCGAGGAAAGUCUUGUACAUGGCUAUUGAUGGGGUUGCCCCAAGAGCUAAAAUGAAUCAACAGAGAUCAAGAAGAUUCCGAUCAUCCAAGGAAACUUCAGAAAAAAUUGAUGAGAUUGCCCGCAUACGCAAAGAGCUUGCUGAUAAAGGAGCUUAUCUUCCUCCAGAGAAGCCUAAAGGAGAACAUUUUGAUAGUAACUGCAUCACUCCAGGAACCCCAUUCAUGGCUCGGCUCUCUGCGUGCUUGCAUUAUUAUGUGCAUGCUCGUCUGAAUAGUGAUCCAGGGUGGAAAGACAUUAAGGUUAUACUCUCAGAUGCCAAUGUGCCAGGUGAAGGAGAACAUAAAAUUAUGGAUUAUAUCAGGAAACAACGUGCCCAGCCAGAUCAUGACCCAAACACUCAUCAUGUAUUGUGUGGAGCUGAUGCAGAUUUAAUCAUGUUGGGUCUUGCCACUCAUGAAGUGAACUUUACAAUCAUCAGGGAGGAGUUCAAACCUAAUCAGCCAAGACCAUGUGAUAUUUGUGGACAGCUUGGUCAUGAGAUGAAAGAAUGCCAGGGUACUGAAGCAAAUGCUGCAAGCAGUGCUAAAACAUAUGGCUCUGAACAAGAGUUCAUAUUUGUGCGCUUAAGUGUUCUCCGUGAAUAUUUGGAAAGAGAGUUGGCCAUGCCUAACUUGCCUUUCAAGUAUGAUUUUGAAAGAGCUAUUGAUGAUUGGGUGUUCAUGUGUUUUUUUGUGGGGAAUGAUUUCUUGCCCCAUUUACCGUCUCUAGAAAUUAGGGAAAAUGCAAUUGAUCGCUUAGUCACAUUGUACAAGAAAACUGUCUACAAGACAAAUGGCUGGCUCACUAAUAGUGGUGAAGUUUAUCUGGAUCGUGUCCAAUUGAUUAUGGCAGACCUUGGUGAUGUAGAAGAUGAAAUAUUCAAACGUCGUCAACAAGAUGAAAUAGCCUUCAAGGCACGCAUGAAAGCAAAAAAUGAGAGAAUGAAAAGAUUCCGUGACCACAGGCCAAAAUGGGUGCCUGGUGGUCAGUUUGCCCCUACACCUCUAGGAAGAGGAGCUGUUGUUGAUCCUAUCCAAAAUGUCAGGCAAGAAGCAUUCCAAAUGAGACGUCAGGGAAUGUCUACUGACAGUGGUCCUAGCAAUGUAGAUAGGAACCUUAUUAAUGCUGAUGCCAAUGCAGGCCUUCAGGCCCUUCUGAAGCCAGCAGGCGAAUCUAGUGACUCUGCAAGAGGAGAAAAACGAAAGAGAGAGGAUGACAACGAAGAAGACGAAAAUCCAAAUGAUGAAGUUCGACUGUGGGAAGACGGCUUUAAGGAUCGAUAUUAUGAGUCAAAGUUUGAUGUAAGCAAGGAGAAUAUAGAAUUCCGGUUUAAAGUAGGACAUCAUUAUGUUCGUGGCCUUUGUUGGGUUUUGCAGUAUUACUAUCAGGGUUGUGCUUCAUGGGACUGGUACUUUCCUUACCACUAUGCACCAUUUGCAUCAGAUUUUGUGAAUGUUGCUGAGGUUUCACAGAAAUUUGAUACCAAGAACACAAAACCUUUCAAACCAUUGGAGCAGCUCAUGGGAGUAUUCCCUGCAGCUAGUAGAAGUCAUGUACCUGAACCUUGGGGCCAGCUCAUGACAGAUCCUGAUUCUCCAAUCAUAGACUUUUACCCUGAGGACUUCAAAAUUGAUUUGAAUGGAAAAAAAUAUGCUUGGCAGGGAGUUGCUCUUCUUCCAUUUGUGGAAGAAAAAAGACUGCACAAGGCUUUAAAGGAGUAUUAUCCUCUUUUAACUCCAGCUGAAAUCAAACGAAACAUUCGUGGCGAUGAUAGGCUGUAUAUACCUCAGCAACAUGAAAAAUACUCGUUUUUCAGGGGUUUGUAUGAGAAUGGAGUAGAUCCUGACAUUGAGACAGAUGUCCAAAUUGAUGGGAUGCAGGGUAGAGUGUUGCUUGCUGAAGACAACUGCAAGGAGGGUGCAUCUCUAGAUUCUCCUGUGAUGGGACUGCCUGUUCUUCGCCAAAACGCAGUCAUUUGUGUUCGAUACCGAGAUCCUCAAUAUCCAGAUGGUUUCAUUUAUCCUGCAAAACGUCUUCCGGGAGCCAUUGAGCCACCUCGUGUUCUCAAGCCUGGUGAACAGAAUCGUGACGUUGGCAACUGGAAGCAACAUAUUGGAAUGGGACCUAGAACUUACCAAGGGUCUCUGAAUGAGGCAGGCCACCGCAUGUUGGGUCACCAUGUACCCAGGGGAGGUAGAGGGGGAGGGGGGUCUGGUGGCCACUACAGUAAUGUGCCUCCACCCAUGUCAGGAGGCGGCAGAGGUGGUUAUGGAGGCCAUCGGGGUCACUCUUCUGGUGGCUACUCUGGUGGUAGAAAUUAUCAGCAGGGCAAUGGAUCACAAGGUCAUAGGGGAGGGCAGGGUUACCGGGGUGGGCAGAGCCACCAGUCUGGUUGGCAGAGCCAACACUCUGGAUCUCAAUCGGCUUAUCCAUCUUAUCAGAGCUCCAGCCGUGGCGGCUACCAGCCACCCAGCUCCGGUUAUGGCUCUGGUGGAGGGUAUCAGUCUUCAGGUUACCAGUCCUCUAAUCAAGGUGGUUACAGCUCCUCAAAUAGAGGUGGCUACCAGUCAUCUAACAGGGGUGGAUAUCAAUCUUCAAAUUCAGGAGGAUAUCCUUCUUCUAACAGAGGGUCAGGAUCGCACAGGGGCGGCAACGUUAGAGGUGGAAAUAAUUACAGAGGCAACAGCCAAAAUUAUAACUCUCGGCAAUAGAAUGAAGUGCUCCUUCUGUUUUGGCGCUUUGUUUUAAUUAUUGAUUGGUGUCAAUUUUUUUUUAUAAUUAUAAAUACAAAUUUAAUUACUGUAAAUAAGAGCUAUAAUCCUGAAAGACCAUUUUCAAUGUAUUUCCACAAAUUUUGACUAUACUAUAUUUUAGUGCUGACGAAAUAUUUAUAGAAAAAUUGUCUAGUGUGCGACUCACUUAACUUAUAGCUUUGUAUGUAUAUUUUGUGUUUGAGUACCUGGCAACAGCAUGAACUUUUUUCUUCACCUCGACCAUAGCCUGUGGUUGCUAAUUGUAGGUUUCCAAUGAAUCAUUGUUUUAAUCCAAUUGUGUAUGAGGAAGGAUGCUAUUAUACCUUAACUACAGAGUUAAAAAUUCUGUAACUUUGUUGACAUGCUCAUUUUCUCUUUGGUGAGUAGACAUCAUUUGUGUUAAUAUUUUCAAGGGCAUCUGAAGUUUGUUAACCUUAGAAUGCAUGUUUUAAAUUCUGAUGAAAUCUCACUUCCUGUCAGUGCAUAAUUGUUUAUUGCUGUGUUUCUGACAAGGGAGGAAUGUAAAUUGCUGCAACCUUCAAAACAGGUUGGUGCUACGUCUAUGUGAUACCUUAUUUGCCUUCUGUGUACAUGGACAAGAAGGUAAAAGUAGAAGUUUUCAUAGAUCUCUAUUUAAGUAAAAAUGCCUGAUGUUGUACCUUGCAUAUGUACUGAUGUGCCGAACUGUACACAGAAAUGUGUCAAAUGCUCAUAAUAGAGGCAGUUGACAUUUGAUGUAAACUGCUUUUUGAGUUUCUUCAGUUUUUAACUUGGUUCAAAUGAGAGGCUUUGGAGUAUAAAAUAAAUAAUACCAUAAAUACAGCACGGAGACAGUAUAUGGGAACUCAAAA